GUGACUAGUGAGAAUUCAUCCCAUCUGAGAGUGGUUCAGUUCCCAGUAGCAGCAACGUCCCUCUAAGCAGAGGUCUGUGGUACUUAAUAGACUUGUUAUUUGAUGUUAUAGGGGGGAUUGGCAUUUGGAAGGCUUUUGAAGGAAUUGGUUAAUUCCAUAAUGGGCCUUCGCGAUCUUUUUGUCACUGCAUCACUGCCUGUUCUGAAUGUGCUUUUGGUCACUGCUGUUGGAUCCAUUUCUGCAACAAGUCGAGUCGCCAUUCUUGGCGAGAUUGCAAGGAAAAAUUUGAAUAAUGUUGUCUUUUACGUAUUCAAUCCAGCUCUCAAUGCAGUAAACUUAGCACAGACAAUUACGCUAGAGAGAAUGCUUUUAUUGUGGUUUAUGCCUGUAAAUCUGUUUCUCAACUUUGUAAUUGGCUCUGCACUUGCUUGGGCAAUUAUCCACAUCUUCCAAGCUCCUGCCAGAAUCAGAGCUGUUAUAUUUGCCUCUUGUUCAGCUGGAAAUGUGGGCAACCUACUUCUGAUUCUUGUCCCUGCAAUGUGCAAGGAGAAAGGAAGCCCUUUUGGGGACCCUGACAUUUGCAGUAAAUUUGGGUUAUCAUUCGCCUCCCUCUCUCUGGCAAUAGGCACUAUUUUACAGUGGUCUUAUGUUUUCAAUAUCGUGCGAGUAACAUCUAGCCAUGCUCAAGACAAAACAUUAGCAACUGACUCUGUUUCUAAAGUGACUUCUGCUCAAGAAACCAUAAGUUUACUCCCUGAGGACUACAAAGAUGUGAUGACUUCAACUCGAGGUUGCUCAACUUCUGCUUUUCCUUUCAAUAAUGCUCCUUUGCUCCCUUCCAAAACUGAGGAUUUUACAACUACCACUAAGGUACUGCUUUCAAGUAGUAAGAUGAGCAGAUUUUGGAGAAUAUUUUGUGGAGUAAUUGACUUGAAGAAGUUAUUUGCACCAGCCACAGUGGGGGUGAUUAUUGGAUUUAUGAUAGGAGUGAUCCCACAACUUAAGAAAGCAAUGAUAGGUGAAACAGCUCCUCUUCGUGCCAUUCAAGAGUCAGCUACGUUGUUGGGUAAUGGCACUAUCCCCAGUCUCAUGCUCAUAAUGGGAGGGAACCUUGUCAAAGGCAUGAACAGUUCAGGUGUCAAGGUGUCGAUUAUCAUUGGGAUCAUCAUCAUUCGGUAUCUUGCCCUUCCCCUGGUAGGCAUAGGCAUAGUGAAGGGAGCAAUUCACCUAGGCAUGGUGCACCCGGAUCCUCUGUAUCGCUUCAUUCUUCUAUUGCAAUAUGCUGUUCCACCAGCAAUGAAUAUUACAUCAAUGAUCCAAAUGUUUGAGGCUGGUGAAGGUGAACUGUCAGUUAUUUUCCUGUGGUCAUAUGUUGUGGCUUCUGCAGCUCUAACCAUUUGGUCGACUCUUUUCUUAUGGCUUGUCUCGUAAUCAUAUGUACAAUGUAUAUGCAAACAUGCAGUGACAGAUGUUUAGAUAAUGGUUCACUCAGUUAAUUAUGUCAAUCAACU